UUUCUCCAAGAUUGAGAAGUGAGUGAGAGAGAUAGAGAGAUAGAGAGAGCUAUGGGUUUUCAAGCACGGCUGUGUUUGUUCUUCUUGCUUACCUUUCUCAUAACAUGCUUUGCUCGCAAAAUCCCUUAUGGGAAUGCAAGGAGCUUAACAAGUGAGAAGUAUGAUGAUUUCUCAAGGUUGCGAUUUCGUUCUCCCCUUCCUCCUACAACAAAUGUGAACGAUGUCCCAAUUGUGCUAUAUCCUCCUCCCAUUUAUAAUGUAACAGGUCGCGUUCCCCCCCCAAUGGUGCGAUAUUCUCCUCCCCCCCCUCUAACAAAUGUGGCCACUUCACUUUUGGGGAAUGAAGGGACUCAUUGACAAAGCCAUGUCCUACAUCACCAAUAGGGUUUCAGUUUAAUCACCAGCAAUAAGUUCCAUGUCAACAAGAGUUCGAAUUGCCAUCAACAAUCCAAACAUAUUACAAAGUGUAUUGGGAGAAAGGGAUUCUUGUAAUUUUUUCUUUAUCUUUAACCUUUGUCAUGCUCACAAUUACUUUGCAUUCUAGGUCUAGUCUGUUUUGAAUAAGUUGGUGGGUUAUAUAAGGUGAUGUAAGGAUGCUUAUUAUAAUUAAUGAAUGAAUGGGAAGCUUUAAGUAGAGUUCUGUUU